AUGCAAGUUAUGCCCCUCUGGAAACGACGUCGUGUGCGGCUUGCUUCUCUAGAAACGCGAUUCGUGAACAUCGGUGACCUGAAUCGUGUUCGUCGCAGCUGUAGAGUAAAUAGCCGUAGCUGGCAGGAUCUGUGUAAAAUGCUGCUACGGAGAAUUGUUGCUGCAUGUCCUCAGUCAAAGCGAAUGUUCAGCACUUCUGCUAGCCAUGGCUAUGAAAGUGCUAUUCAGGAACUCAACAAGGAAAUGGAAUCGGUAUUCGGUGAACCUCCUGCAAAUGGACUAGCUACCUCUGCAAGCAAUUUGACCAAUGAAACGCAGUUGUCAUCUCCAAACAUAGCUGAAAGUUCUUUUGAAUUGACUCAUACUGGCAAAUCAGGGGAAGCUCAAAUGGUGGACGUGUCUCCAAAAGAAAGUAGUAAAAGAACUGCCAUUGCUGUUUGCAAGGUAAUUCUUGGAAAGAAGGUCUUUGAUUUAGUAUUGGCCAAUCAAAUGGCGAAAGGAGAUGUGCUUACUGUGGCAAAAAUAGCCGGCAUUACUGCAGCAAAGCAAACUAGCAGUCUUAUUCCAUUGUGCCAUAACGUAAACCUUUCACAUGUGCAAGUGGGUUUGAGAUUGAAUCAUGAGGAUUUCAGUGUAACAAUAGAAGGGGAAGCUGCAUCAACAGGUAAAACCGGGGUUGAGAUGGAAGCAAUGACAGCAGUGUCUAUUGCAGGUUUAACCGUGUAUGAUAUGUGUAAGGCUGCUUCAAAAGAAAUAGCUAUUACAGAUAUAAGACUUAAGCAUAAAUCUGGUGGAAAAAGUGGAGAGUACUGGUGGACACAAUGA